GCGCAUCUUUCUCAGUACACAUUAAACUAUCGUGUCAGGCGCACCUAUAUUAUGUUCCAUUAUGUUCUAGUGGUUUUAUAACGAAAAGGUUUUAAUUCUUUCUUUUUUUUUGUUGUAUAGUGGUUUUAGUGAAUGUUAUAGUUUGAAAAGUGAACUAUUGUUGAAGCAACAUGGAAUUUAAAACGGCUGGUGUAUUGUUUUGUUUGGUUUUUGUGGCAGUUCGGGUAUCAAGUUCUGGUCUAGAGGUGAAUUUAACAAGAACAUGGAAGCAAGACAUAGGUUGGGAGAUCAACUGCACCUGGGAGUUACCACCUCGCGACUACUUGCAGUCAGUACGACUGUACCUCAAUAGACAGCAAUUCAUGAUUUUUAGGCCUGAGAUAGAUGGCCUUGAGCGCAGUCUCAUGAUAAGACGCCUAGAAGACGGAGUGGUGACCAACUGCGGGAUAUCAUCCGUGGACAGACGAAGGGGAUCGUGUGUGAUCACCAGCGAACUGUAUCAACCUCAGAACAACAGCUUUACUUUGCAGUGUGAAGUGUCAGGAGAAAGACCUACCUUUAUAAUGGAGAAGAAGACCAUUGUGGUUGAUAAUUUUGUACCACCUUCAGACGCUGUGUUGACAAGGGUACGAUCAUUGAAUGAUGUCUCAGACCGGGUGACGCUAAACUGCAGCGCCAGUGGCAUACCUAGUCCGAACCUCACAUGGACUAUCGGUUCACAGAAGAUGCCCCACGAAUUCAAAGGCACAGCAUGGAACGUAACGUCAAAGCUAUGGGACGUCUGGUCGAUCGUCUCCUACACGCCUCGGUCAGACCUCACAGCUGUUUGCACGCCAGAAGCCACUUAUAAAGGCGAGCCAGUCAACGGACAUUCUGCUCAAUAUAACUCCGCUGCAAUUGAAAAAGGAGCCCUAACAAGCAUCAUCACGGUAUUGGCAGUGCUAUAUCUGUGUCGACUGAGGUGAUCAAGUCUAAAGACAGGGGCGAAUACUUAAAUAAAACCAAAUAGUGAUUUGUUCAAUUUUAUUUCGGCUGAAUAUCGUUGUGAACGAUUGAUUAUAUUUUCGAAGCUGUUUUUAUAAUACGUUGGUUUACGCAAAAGUCAUAUUUUUUCGAAAAUGAGUUGUUUGAUACUUGUCUUAUAUUCUACUAUUUUUGUGGUUAAGCCUUUCCAGAGAAGCGGUCUUAAUAACUUCCGUUGAAUAAACAGUUAUUUUCUUUCGUACAAUAUUUUUCAAAUGGCUGUAUGUAAAGACUACUUUUGUUUGUGUUUACGCAAGAAACCAACAUAUUACAACUGCAGCUUUUUACAAUUAUAUUUGGCUCUUUUUUGAGAUUUUUAUUUGUUUUACAUUUUAUAAUGUAGGUUACCAUUUAUAUUAUUUUUCUAUUAUAAUAAUUGAAAUUCAUAGUAUAAUAUAAUGCACUUAAAAACCUACUUAUUAAAUGAGAGGAAGACCUUUGCCAUUUACAUUAUUAUAUUUUAAUAUGACAAAGAAAAACAAUGGUAAAAGUCCCCCGCAAUGAAUGUGCAUUUCAAAAUAUUUUUAUUAAUAAAAUUCGUGACUAUACAAUUGUAAAUAAAUUUUGGACGUAACGUUUUUAAAUAGAAGGUAAUUUUAAGAAAAUAAUCAAGCACCUCACAGGUACUGGAAGAAUACAUAAAAUGUAAAAAAAUAUAGUGACUAGGUCAAAGGCAUGAACUUGCUUGCAAAAAAAACUGCACCGCUUUUAAAUUUGAAUGUCGAUAAAUAAAAUUCAUAUCAUAGGACGCGUAAAAUAUUGUGUUGACAAUUUUGCAAGCAAGUGGAAAUACUGAAAAUAUAUUUUAAGCGAAGAUUCGACUUAGGAACAUAAGUAUAGUUGAGACGUUUUUGAAAGUUGGUGGAGUGUCAUGCAUGGUACAGAUUUUAAGUGUUGUAUCUUAUACUUAUUUUUAAGUAAUGUGAAAAAGCCAGUUGUUACCCGCCCACCUAUUAUUAUAAUGUUUUUAGAAUAUUUUGAAUUCUUAACAUUCCUUUCACUAUAUAGGUUCUAGAAUUGGUAAGUUGACAACACUAUAUAAUCAAUAUCGAUAUUUUUACAUAUUUUGAAACCUGAGGUUUUUAUAGAUUUACAGCAACAAUAACGUGUGACAAGUAAAAUUGAUAUCGAGCUUACUCAUAAUGUAACUCAUUUGACAUUAGAAAAAAUAUUGUCUCUAGGUGUCAACAUUCCAAUUGGGUUUUUUAGUUAGGCUAAAACUUGCUGCAUGGUAUUUCAAACCAAAGAUUUAAAUGGAUAAAAUGUGUAUCAAUUGUAUACGCUUAAUAUCAACAACUUUAACUAAACUUUUUACCUAAUACAUGCAGCAAGAGUUAUUUUUGGGCUUGAUAUUAUAUUUGACGUUACAAAUUCAUGGGCCAACAUUUUGUUCUUACAGUUGCGGAAAUAAAUACGAAUUUUUGAAAA